AUGGAUAUAGUAGUUGCUUACGAAAUUGACGCUAAAUCUCAUAUUGAUAUAUCAAGAUUUGGAGGAAAACAAAAUGCGAAUAUAGCCCAGGCUUUGGGAAGUGCCUGGGCUGAAGCUUGUGCAUCUCCAAGUGCUGUGAAAAUUUGGAUUCCAUCUGGCACAUACCAGAUGACUGCAGUAGAUUUGAGAGGUCCGUGCAAGGCUCCUAUUGAAAUUCAAAUUGAUGGCACACUUAAAGCACCUGUAAACCCAGGUGAUGUUGGUCAUGAAAAAUGGAUCAGGAUUAGCUAUGUUAACGCGGUAACCUUAUCUGGUAGUGGAGUUCUUGAUGGUCAAGGUGCAACAGCUUGGAAACAAAAUGACUGUUCAAAACACUUUGAUUGCAAACUGCUUGGCAUGAAUAUGGCUCUUAGUUUCCUCAAUAAUUCAUUAGUUCGUGGCAUUACGAGCAAGGAUAGCAAACAUUUUCAUGUGAAUGUUCUGGGCUGCAAAAAUUUGACAUUCGACGGGUUUAAAGUUAGUGCUCCAGGUGAUAGCGCCAACACGGAUGGCAUUCACAUUGGAAGAUCCGAUGUUGUGAAUGUUCUUAAUACAAAUAUUGCCACUGGAGAUGAUUGUGUCUCACUAGGUGACGGUAGCAGACAAGUUACUGUCCAAAAUGUGACAUGUGGACCUGGUCAUGGUAUUAGUAUAGGAAGCCUUGGCAAGUACAAGGAAGAAGAACCUGUUGAUAGGAUUACAAUUAUAGAUUGCACUUUGAAAGGUACUACCAAUGGAAUCAGGAUUAAGACUUGGCCAAACGAGCCAGGACAAAUCACUGUUACUAACAUGAGAUUUGAAGAUAUUAAUAUGGAUAAUGUCCAGAACCCUGUAAUCAUAGACCAAGAGUAUUGCCCAUGGAACCAAUGCUCAAAGCAGAAUCCAUCAAAAAUUAGGAUAAGCAACGUUUCCAUCAAGAACAUUAAAGGAACUUCAGCAACUAAAGAAGGUUUGACUCUUAUGUGUAGUCGUGGUGUACCAUGUCAAAAUGUUCAAAUAUCAGAUGUUCAACUCACAUACAAGGGAGCUCCAGCAAUAUCUAAAUGUGAUAAUGUCAAACCAACAAUAUCGAAUGCCCCUGCCUGCACAUAUGCAACAUGA